AUGACAUCCAACAUCAUAGAUAAGAUUAUGAACUUAGAAGUACCAGAAAAUGGAAAUGCUUCACUUAAUAUUAUUUUCGGGGUUGUAAAUAUUUUCUUCUUUGGAAUCGGCAUGAUCAUAUUGGGUAUAUUAAACAAAGAUAUGGAUGACCUUAUUAUAGGUAUAUUACAACUCCUCGUUCCUUUGAUUGGGUGGAUAUGGGCAGUAUUUUGGGGAAUUUUAAUAGUCAUAAAGAAUUCUAAGUGA